CUCAUGAACAGGGCUACGUCCGACUGCUCUUAGAGUAGAAGAAGUUCCACUUCAUAGCAAGCUGCCGGAACUUGGAGCUGUAAACAACAUCAGGAUAAUAAAAAUAAGGAUGCCGUUUCAGUUCUGCCCUCAAUGUGGGACGAAGCUGCAAGCGGAUUUCCGAUUCUGCCCGUCUUGUGGCGAGAAGUUUCCGGCUCCAGCGGGGGCGGGACCAUCGGGAGACGACACAAGCUGUGGUUCUGGAGAGAGUUCGGGCAGUUUCUCUCCCGUCUCCGUCUCCCCCCGGCCUCCUCUGGGGUCGCCGCGUUGCUAUACCAUUCGGGGGAAACGUCCCGCAGAAGAUCCAGCUCCCCUCCAGGAUGCCUCUCCUGUCCUCCCCAAGGGGGGGAGAGCCAGAGGCAAGACACCAACUGCCCUCAAACAGAAAGAUGGGAUGGAGGGUCUGAACGCCCCGCCGGCCAAGAAGGCCCCAACGCCAGUUAAAGGAAGGGGCAGGUCAGUGUGUGAGCGGCAGGUGGAGGAAAAGGAGACCUCAGCAGACAACUUCUCGACCUCCCCCUCCCCGUUCUUCAGGACCUCCCCUGGAGGGGACCCCAGCCCGGGGCCCAAGCCCGCCCAGACGUCCCCUCAGAAGGAGAGCUGGGUCGUACGUCACAAUCACAUCCGCCGGGGGUCGAAGGUAAAGUCAAGGAGCGGCAAGCGUGUGUCUGCUGUGAUACCGCUGCAGGAAGGGAAGGAGCUUACAGACACGGCGUGCAGGAAGUGGAGGCUGGGGAAGCUGCUGAGUCAGACGGAGACGGACCUGGUCUACGAAGCCUUCGCCUCCAACUCCAAGGAAUCCAAACACAUUCUCAAACUGGGCGCUAAAGACGGUCGGAUCUUCAACGAGCAGAACUUCCUGCAGCGCGCUGCUAAAACCUCAUCAAUGGACAAGUGGAUCAAAAGCAACAGGCUGGAUUUCCUCGGACUGCCCCCCUGUGUGGGCUUCGGUCUCCAUGCAUUCCAAUACAGGUUUCUGAUCUUCCCCAGCAUGGGCCAGACCCUGCAGUCCAUCCUGGAGAGCCAAGCCACACUCCCGUCCGAGAGAACGGUUCUCCAGCUGGCCUGCAGGAUCCUGGACGUUCUGACCUUCAUCCACUCCAACGAGUACGUUCACGGGGACAUCAACGCUGAGAACAUCUACAUCUCGACGGAGGACCCCUCCCAGGUGUUCCUCGCUGGCUACUCCCACGCCUUCCGCUACUGUCCCGGGGGCCAGCAGGUGGAGUACCGUGAAGCCAGCCGCACGCCACACGAGGGUGCUCUGGAGUACAUCAGCGUGGACGCCCACAAGGGGGCAGGGCCUAGCCGACGCAGUGACCUGCAGAGCCUGGGCUACUGCCUGCUGCACUGGCUCACGGGCACGCUGCCCUGGGACUCAACCAGCGACCCGCAGACCAUCUGCGCACAGAAGCAGAGGUUCCUAGAGGACGUUCCCACUCUGCUCAGCAGCUGCUUCGGGGAGAAGAGAGUCUCCAGUGUGGUGCAGCAGUAUGUAACCCAGGUGAUGGCUCUGGGAUACACAGACACACCUGACUACCCUGCCCUUAAGGCAUGCCUGAAUGACGGCCUGCUGGCGCAAGGGGGCGCCCUGGAGCAGCCACUCAGCUCCAUGACGGCCUCCUGCCGCUAGGGGGCGCCCUGGAGCGGCCGCUCAGCUCCGUGACUGCCUCCUGCCGCUAGGGGGCGCCCUGGAGCGGCCGUUCAGCGCCGUGACUGCCUCCUACCGCUAGGGGGCGCCCUGUUGGCCUCCUGCCCUGUGGCCACUGAUGAAACUGUUUCGGAUUCAGAACGCUACGUGACUUAAAUACCCGUCUCUUUAUUGUUGUAGAGGAAAGGCACUGAACGGGAUUUUAAAUUAAUACUGGUUUUAGAGUGAAGUUUAAUUUAAAAGUGUGUCAUGUCAUUUCGUUUUACCAGUUGAAUACGUUUUACCAGGAUGACUACUAUCUAGUUGAACUUGAUUUUCAUACACUUGUCAAAUGUUUUUUCCACUGUAGUGUCACUGUUGUUGUUUACAAUACAGUCGUUUAUGUCCAAAUGCACUUGGGAAGGGUGACCCACUGAAUUAUAAUGUGUUCUAAAUCCUUCACUGAGUUCACCUUUGACUCGUGGAUGAGAUAGUGUGCUGAUGCUUUACUGUUAUUAAUUGUAGGUGCACUUGUUCAAAUAUACAUGUAGCUUUAUGUUUUGUUCUCAACUUUUUCUAACUUGAUUUUUGUGCUUUGUUAAGUGCUGAAUAUCGUCACAAUAGGUUAUACAUACAAUGCAUAUACAACACGUUAAAACCCACCACAUACACCUCACCGGGAUUAGCUGAAGAGCUAACGGUCAUUUCUCAUGCUUUAGCCUGGAGGCCUUCAUGUCGUGACCUCCCCUGGCAGCGGGGUGGCGCCAGUGUUUCACGUCUUCACAUUUCAUGCGCCAUACUUACAAACAAUACAAACGCUUCUCUUUUUUUUUUUAAGAAAUCUUUAUAUUUUUAAACAAACAUUAUAUUGACAUUUAAAACCAUAUACACUUUUGUUGACUAUGAAAAUGUAAAUCUCAUGUUUGCAAUUCAGAAAAUAAACAACGUCCUCUUGGCCUGA